AUGCCAUAUACUACGACAACAUUGUAUCAUGGCACGUUGGCAGGUGGAGAUUCUGUCCUAAUUACUGCUGUCGACUGCGCCUGCGCCACUGGCCAGUGGUACAGCAUGACUCUUCUUCCUGGCUCAUCGACCGUCGAUACGUUCUGCAUGCCCUACGCUUCUUGCCCGCGCGGCAUGACUACUUCUGUUCAAACAAAUAGCAUCUGCGCUACCGCGCCGGCCGGUGUAUGUGCGAAUGACGCUGAGAAGACGGAGUAUUGUGCUUCUGUGAAUCCGUCUCAGACCCCUGAGUAUCCUGAUGACCCGGGUGCUGCUCCGACGGCGUGUGCAUGA